CGGAGUGCGGCCUGCGAGCCUGGCGGUCGGCGGCCCCGCGGGCUCCUGCUCCUGCUCCCGCUCCCGCUCCCGCUCCCGCUCCCGCUCCCCGCGUCUCCGGCCCAGUCGCCGCGGUUCCGGCCGCACCUGCCCCCGCGCUCGGUCCCCUCCGCGGCCCGGCAUGCAGGAGCCCGACGCCGCCCCGGACGGCUUCCAGCCCCGCUUCCCGCACUUCGCCACGCAGGCGAUCCAUGUGGGCCAGGAGCCCGAGCAGUGGAGCUCCCGGGCCGUGGUGCCGCCCAUCUCCCUGUCCACCACGUUCAAGCAGGGGGCCCCCGGCCAGCACGCGGGCUUUGAAUACAGCCGUUCUGGAAACCCCACCAGGAACUGCUUGGAAAAAGCCGUGGCGGCCCUAGAUGGGGCCAAGUACAGUUUGGCCUUUGCUUCAGGCUUAGCUGCCACUGUGACUAUUACCCAUCUCUUGAAAGCAGGAGACCAAAUUAUUUGUAUGGAUGAUGUGUACGGAGGUACAAACAGGUACUUCAGGCAGGUGGCGAGUGAAUUUGGAUUAAAGAUUACUUUCGUGGAUUGCUCCAAAAUCAAAUUGCUAGAGGCAGCCAUUACACCAGAAACCAAGCUUGUUUGGAUUGAAACCCCCACAAACCCAAGCUUGAAGAUGAUUGACAUUGAAGCCUGUGCACACACCGUUCAUAAAUGUGGCGACAUCAUUUUGGUCGUGGAUAAUACUUUUAUGUCAGCAUAUUUCCAGCGGCCUUUGGCGCUGGGAGCUGAUAUUUGUAUGUAUUCAGCGACAAAAUAUAUGAAUGGCCACAGUGAUGUCGUGAUGGGCUUAGUAUCUGUUAAUUCUGAGAGCCUCCAUAACAGGCUCCGUUUCUUACAAAAUUCUCUUGGAGCAGUCCCAUCCCCUGUGGACUGUUACCUGUGCAAUCGAGGACUAAAGACUCUACACGUCCGAAUGGAGAAACAUUUCGAGAACGGAAUGGCAGUUGCUCAGUUUCUGGAAUCUAAUCCUCGGGUAGAAAAGGUCAUCUAUCCUGGGCUGCCCUCGCAUCCUCAGCACGAGCUGGCGAAGCGGCAGUGCACCGGCUGCCCGGGCAUGAUCACCUUCUACAUCAAGGGCACACUCGUGCACGCCGAGGCGUUUCUCAAGCACCUCAAGCUAUUUACUCUGGCUGAGAGCUUGGGAGGAUACGAAAGUCUUGCUGAGCUGCCGGCAAUCAUGACCCAUGCGUCGGUGCCUAAGAGCGACAGGGAUGUCCUUGGCAUUAGUGACACGCUGAUCCGACUCUCUGUGGGCUUAGAGGACAAGAAGGACCUGCUCGAAGAUCUAGAUCAAGCUUUGAAGGCAGCACACCCUCCAAAUGCAGGUCGUAACUAGCCUUCCAGAACUGCUAGUAGAAGUUGCCUCCCAAGAAGAUCAACUCUAGAUAAUCGAAUGGACCAUUAAUGAGCCUUUGCGGGAUUUUCAAGUGAAAAUUUAGAGACACCUCAUUACUUUUCAGAGCUGUAACCUUCCGGGGAUCCUCCUUGUUAAGAGCGGUUUCCUCUUUCCCUUAUUGUAAUUGACAGGUCAAUUCUGUUAAUACCCUCUUGAUAAUUUUGGUAAACAUUUGCCUCUGCAGGAGGUGGGGUUUGUGCUGCUUUUCGGGGUUGUGAUCUUCUUUUCAUAGCUUAAGAUUUAUAUCGAUCAUGUUUACAAUACAAUGACAAUUCAUUUUCUAGGUUUUUCUGAAGAAUUUAAAUUAUUAAAUGAAUGUUCUUGAAUCAAGAGUGAUUUUUGCUAUUGUUGAAGACAGCACUCAAAGCAGUGGUUUACACUUAAUUAUCAUAAGCCAAAAAAUCAAAUACUUGAAAAGCCUACUGUGAAAUUCUGCUGAUUCAAGGUUGUACUUACUAUUUAAAAACAAAAUAAAUCUAAUUACCAAAUGCA